CGUAUGUUUAGUGAGUAUUAUGUCUACAGGCGAAAAUUGCUUGGGAUCAGCUCAGUUCAAAUAGCUAGACAGAUAGAUAGACUGAUUAAGCCAUCUACUUUAAAGAUGCCGCCAAAUGCAAUCAGUUCGCCGCCAGAUGCGUUGCCCACGUGCCCCGAAGACCAGGUGCUGAGUGGGAGCCAGUCCGGCGCUGGAGGAGCUUCCAAGCAGACGGGAGUGCUCUUUGAGGCCGAUGCGGACACCAACGAUGGAGGCUUGACCAUGGAUAUUACUCAAUUCAAGAACGCCGAGAAACGCAAAUUGAAAUGGGUGUGGCGUAAUAUUGUGCUCUUUGCAUACGUACAUGUGGCCGCAUUAUACGGCGGAUAUUUACUUGUGACGCAGGCCAAAUGGGCAACAAUCGUCUUCUCGAUGUUUCUGUAUAGCGCCGGCAUGAUUGGCAUCACGGGUGGAGCACAUCGUCUGUGGGCCCAUCGCUCCUAUAAAGCCAAGUGGCCGUUACGUGUGAUUCUAGUCGCAUUCAAUUCGAUCGCAUUCCAAGAUGCGGCCUACCAUUGGGCCCGUGAUCAUCGUGUCCAUCACAAGUUCUCCGAAACGGAUGCCGAUCCUCAUAAUGCCACGCGUGGAUUCUUCUUCUCGCACGUCGGUUGGCUGCUCUGCAAGAAGCAUCCCGAUGUGGUGGCCAAGGGCAAGAGCCUGGAUUUAUCCGAUCUGCGCGCCGAUCGUGUCUUGAUGUUUCAGAAAAAACACUACUUUGUACUGAUGCCUCUGGCCUGCUUCAUCUUGCCCACCUGCAUACCCAUGCUCUGCUGGAACGAGUCCUUGCUGUGCUCCGUGCUGGUGCCCACCAUAUUCCGUUGGUGCUUGCAAUUGAACAUGACCUGGCUGGUGAAUAGCGCCGCCCACAAAUUCGGUGGACGCCCAUAUGACAAGAACAUUAAUCCGUCACAGAGCCCUUAUGUGUCGUUAUUUACCCUUGGCGAGGGCUGGCACAACUAUCAUCAUGUAUUCCCCUGGGAUUACAAGACAGCGGAAUGGGGCAAUUAUUCACUAAACAUGACAACGGCAUUCAUUGAUCUCUUUGCCAAAAUUGGCUGGGCCUAUGAUCUGAAGUCCGUCGUACCGGAGACGGUUGAGCGGCGAGUGCGUCGCACCGGCGAUGGUAGCCACGAGCUGUGGGGCUGGGGCGACAAGGAUCUAACGCCAGAAGAUGGCCAAUCUGUGCUGCACGUGCUGGACAAGAAGUCCAACUAGUUAUCUCAGUCCAAGUGCAAUAUUUCCUCGCUUAAUUCGAUUAUAUUGUUAUCUACCUUAAGGCAAAAUUAAUAAGCCGAUUAAAGUUUUCUAUUUUAGUCUGUAUUAUAAAUAAACAUAUAUAUAUAUA